UAAUGUUGUUAAACUAAAGUCAAGUGUUUUAUUUGUGGCAGAACCAAAAUACAAAGAAAUUUCAGAUGGUGAAGAGGAUGAUGACUUAUAUAUUGAGAAAGAAUUUGAAACAGUAAAAAGUAAAAAGAAUAAAAAUGAUAGAAUUAAAAAAGUAUUUGUGAAGAAACCUAAAAAUAUCUCUCCUAAAAUCUGGCGUAAAGAAACUGAUAUAGUUAAGAAGAAAGCUAAGAAUGUUGAAAAGAAUAUUAAUAAGAAUAAAAUUGAAGAACAAUACAAAGAAUUUGAUGAAUUUAAUCAAAAUGUAAUAGAAAUAAUGUAUUUGUAUGUUGCACAAAUUGAAAAAUUGCAUGGGGGAAUAGAAGAAGUAGUUAAAGUUCUGACAGAUAUAACAAAAAGACUUUUCAUUAUUGAAAAUCAUCUUGAUAAACAUAAUUAA